CCGCCAAGGCACAUAAGGACCAGUCGUCCAUCGAUGCCAGAAAGCGCUCCCAGAGCCCCAAAGAAAUAGACAGAGAGAUGACAAGCACCAGUGCUCUCACCUCUCAUCUACAGCUCUACAACCACAGCUUCAGAUGCCUCAAUUCGAACAGAAGCCAACGCUCUUCUCUGCCACUCAACCGAAGAAGAGCGAACUUGGGUGUCUCACACAGAAGGGACUACAGCAAAUUCAGUAGGCUUGUCUGCUUUGCUGUUGACGAUGGUGUUACAGAGAAGCAACAACAACUGAUUAGUGGUGGUGUUGGCUCAGCUAUCGAAGAUAGGCCAGAUGUGGCUGAUGGUUCAAGGGCAGAUAUGUUGCAAAAUUAUGAUGCAGAGAACAAAGAUAGUGCUAUUUAUAAUUUUCUUUAUCCCAAUAAAGAGCUCCUCCCUGAGGAUAAAGAAAUGAGUAUAUAUGAUCAUCUUGAGGAGCUACGGCAGAGAAUCUUUGUGUCAGUUUUGGCGGUUGGAGCUGCCAUCAUGGGAUGCUUUGCAUUUUCAAAGGAACUGAUAUUUGUUCUUGAAGCUCCUGUUAAAGAACAGGGUGUUCGGUUUCUGCAAUUAGCCCCUGGCGAGUUUUUCUUUACAACUUUGAAGGUAUCAGGAUACUGCGGCCUUCUUGUAGGAAGCCCUAUAAUUCUAUAUGAGAUAAUAGCCUUUGUUCUUCCUGGUUUAACGAGGGCAGAGAGAAGAUUCCUGGGUCCAAUAGUGUUAGGCUCUUCAAUACUUUUCUAUGCCGGGAUUAUCUUCUCCUACUUGGUUCUCACUCCAGCAGCCUUGAAUUUCUUUGUUAGUUAUGCAGAAGGGGCUGUGGAAUCAUUAUGGUCCAUUGAUCAAUACUUUGAGUUUGUUCUAGUGCUCAUGUUUAGCACUGGACUGUCUUUCCAGGUUCCAGUUAUACAAAUUUUAUUGGGACAAGUUGGUUUAGUGUCCGGAGACCAGAUGCUGUCAAUUUGGAGAUAUGUUGUGGUUGGUGCCGUGGUUGCAGCUGCCGUACUCACGCCUUCCACUGACCCUCUUACCCAGGUGCUCCUGGCAGGCCCCCUCUUGGGUCUCUACUUGGGUGGUGCCUGGAUGGUAAAGCUCACAGGGCGGUGAUUGAUUUUCUGAUGUGUCAAUACCUGGGAUAUGUUUUCUAUGGCGUAUGCAUCUGAAGUUCUGAGCACGUGCAGUUCCCAUAGCUCGGGAAAAAGAGACAAGAUACAGAAUGCCUCCAAUGUAUCAUAAAAUUUAUGAAGACAGCAAAGCAAACGAAAUUAUUCAUACUGGUUUUGCAUUUUGUAGAAGUGCUGUAUUGUUUUAUGUAUGAUUAGAAUACAACGUUUACACUUUUUGAAUUGGUGGUUAAACUUGUGAACACAA